CCUCGCCUUCUUUAUAUACACACUGGACACUAGUGCCACGUUGACUUUCACUAGAAAAAAAAAAUGGCAAUGAGAUCCGGCAUGAUUUCACGAUCACUUCGGUCAAUUGAAGCUCGAUCGUCAUCCUCCUUUCGUUUAUUCAGUGAUCAAGGUCGUAUCUUAAGCGAAGAAGAACGUGCUGCUGAAAAUAUCUACAUCAAGAAAAUGGAGAAAGAGAAGCUGGAGAAACAGAAGUUGAAGGAGGCCAAAGAGAAAGCGGAAAAAGACAAAGCUCCUGAAAACAAGAAACCUUAAGAAGAAAUGUUGACAGAUGGCUGACACGGUUUGGCGUUGCUCUUGAUUUUGAUGAAGCUGUUACUUGCAACUAGUUCGCAGAAAUAAAUGUAUGUCAUUUUAAAAAGCUUUUAAUGUGCUAUGACUCUGUAUAGAGUGUGAUGAAACUUCUGAAUAUUUCGGUUAUAAAGCUGCUGUUGUUGUCUUCUUAUAAA